AGUCUGCAACAUUCUGGCAGCAUGGACCGUUGGGACUUACUGGGGUUCCUCAUUAUCACAUUAAACUGCAAUGUGACCAUUGUGGGGAAAAUCUGGCUUAUCUUCAUGAUCCUGCUGAGGAUGGUGGUGAUCGUUGUGGCCGGGUCCCCAGUCUACCAGGACGAGCAGGAGAGGUUUGUGUGCAACACACUGCAGCCAGGAUGCGCCAAUGUCUGCUAUGACAUCUUCGCCCCAGUGUCCCAUCUGCGCUUCUGGCUGGUCCAAAGCGUGUCUGUCCUCCUUCCUUCCGCGAUUUUCAGUGUCUACGUGCUGCACAAAGGAGCCGAGCUCGCCGUCCGGGGACCCUGCAAGUUAGAUGGCGGUCCCGGGGGCCAGGACCCCUCUGAGCCAAGUCCUGGGGAUGGUUGCUGCCCGCCGCCUUGCAGGGAGGGGCGCAGCCUGGUGGUGCCAGACUUCUCCUGCGGCUACAUUGUGCACCUCUGUCUGCGGACUCUGACAGAGGCAGCUUUCGGGGCCUUUCAUUACCUCCUCUUCGGAUUCUCGGUCCCCAAGAGGUUCUCCUGCUCCCACUCUCCCUGCUCUGGCGCGGUGGACUGCUACGUCUCUCGGCCCACGGAGAAGUCCAUCCUGAUGCUCUUUCUCUGGGCGCUCAGCGCGCUCUCGGUGCUGCUGAGCGUGGCCGACCUGCUGUGCAGCGCGCGCAGGAGGACGCGUGAGGGGCCGGGCCUCGCCGCCGGCCGCCGGGGGAGGAGGCCGGGUCCCGCGGCCCCGGGCGGGCGCUGGGAGGAAAGGGCAGCGCUCGAGCACCCUGGCUCGUGGACCGCAGGGCACGGUGCCCACAGCCCCAGCGGUCAGUCCGCUGUGUCGGGGCGGAUGGAGCUUCCAGAUGAGGAAGAGAGUGAGGGGCUGUCUUCAGCCAGCGACAAGCUGCCCAGGGCUUGCACUGAGCCUGGGGGCAGGUCCCACAGAGAGACCUCCCAAGACGCCAGCAGCGAGCAUCCCUUAACACCCUGCAGUCUGCCAGCCAGGCACUGCCCAGCUAGUCCGCGGCAGCCUCUCACUCGGCAGGCCGGCACUGGGAGCGCCCCGCUCCUGGGGUCGAAAAGGUCGGAGUGGGUGUGAAGAGGGUGGCGAGGCCGCGCAGUGAGCGGCGCUCCAGUACCGGGGCCACCGUCCUGUCCGAAAGGAGACGGGGACCCGAAGGUGCAGCAUCACCUUGGCACCUGGUAAAUGUUAUCUCCACGAUGUUCUGGGGAAUAUCAACAGGCAGGAAGACCAGCUGGCCCGGGACAAAUGGACUUGGUGGGAGACUCAGAGUCGCAUGACUGAUUUAAUCUAGAUAACCACUUCUGCUGAGAAAAAGGCCUUGACAUUCAAAUACGGCCUGGAAGCGAAAAUGAUUAACUGGAGAGUGUCAGGUGACUUACUGAUCAUGCUACACUCUGGUCUCUGGUCUUAUUCUUUGCCAUCGUAUGUGCUUAAUGUAAAGCAUGUUCUCUUACAUUUAUAGAGCUCAUUGUUUUCUGGUGAAUUAUGAUGAGGGUUGUUUUUGUUUGUUUAUUUGUUGGUUUUUCUGCUUGGAUAAAAGAGGCAUCUUAUGCAUGUCAUCCGUAGAGAGACAUUAGUUUACCUUCUCCAAACCCCUUUAAUAAAAUCAAUGCUGGCUGCAUUGUGAUAUCCCACUUCACACUUCAUUGGGUUUAGGAGAAAUGACAAAUGCAGAAAAUAUGGCUAGUAAACAAUUGGCGUCUUUUGGGGGCAUCUUCGAUGGUUCUUGUACGUGGGUGGCAGGUGCACAGGAGGUGGGUUAGGCCUGGGCUUGCUGGGUUGUUCCUGUGUGUCUCUGAGCGGCGGUCCUCACGGAGUAGAGGGAGCACUUCGCUAUUGAUGCGUGGCCAUAGAACUGUCCCAUGUUUCCCAGUCUGGGUUUCCCAUGUGUCCUUUAGAGAGUUGUCUAGUUCAGGAUGUUCUGAGAAUCUUCAUGUU